AUGUAUGAUACACAAAACAUAACGCAGUCAGCUGCACCAGCUUUUCAAUUUUAUCCAGAAGGGUAUUUUGUGUUAACAGAGAAACAACUGGACGAUGCGAGAUUCGCCUUCUAUGUAGUUCUGAAUCCUUUGACAGCUUUGUUUGGAAUUGGUGGUAAUAUCAGCUCUUUCUUAAUAUUGAUUAGAAAAACCAUGAGAACGACUCAAAAUCUUAUUUUAUUGGCAUUGUCCAUUACCGAUGCAAUGCAUUUGUUGGCCACAUUUUGUCAUAGUUUCUCACAUAUAAUGACUUAUUUUUAUAAACAAGAAUGGAAUAACCUCAUCAACGAUGCCUUCCCAUAUUUUGGAGCAUAUCUAUACCACGUCUGGGGUCGCAUCUCGGCCAUGCUGACAGUGUGCAUCACUUUAGAACGCCUGAUAGCUGUUACCAUGCCUUUAAAGGUGAAGAUGAUCUGGACAAAGAAGGUAACAUUAGUGUGUAUUUUCUUGAGUUACUUUAUACCAGCAACGAUUAUGGUUACCCAGAUAUUUGAAUACGAAGCCGCACAUGUUUAUUUUCCUAACUCAACAGAUUAUAAAGUGACUUUGGUGCUCACCGAUUUGGGCAAAGAUCGGAUACUGUUUACCAAUUUAUACAACGCCAAUAUGACGAUUUUGAGAUAUAUGCCUAUCUUUAUUGUGAGUUUAGCCAACCUGAUAAUCAUAGCCGGUCUGUGGCACCAUGCCAGACAACGAAAACAUCUUAAAACAGGAAGCGAAUCAAUGAUUUCGUCAAAGGAGUUGAAGAUAACCAGAACUCUGAUCAUGGUAUCUGUAGUGUUUUUCAUUAGUUCUGCUCCUGGGACAACAGUAUUCCUCAUUCAAAAUUUGGAUCCAGAGUAUAACUUUCCCUUCUUCAGAAAUAAUGGCUACACCAUGGCCUUGAUUGUCAGUUUGUGGCUUGAAGUGUUGAAUUCCUCUAUCAAUUUUGUGAUCUAUGUUGCCACAAAUUCCAAGUUUAGGGAUAUGUAUUGUGAAAUGUUUCCCUGUUGUGGGAAAGUCAAGAAACAGAACGUGUACGUUGAUUCGAGUAAGAAAACAACAUCUAUUUCCGUCCUCUCAGACCAAGAAACGAACGAAGUAACACCCUCUUCAUAA